AUGGGAAGCAGUCGACUGAUCAUCGGGCUCGAUUACGGCACUACUUAUACAGGUGUGUCGUUUUGCGAGAUAUCCGAUCCCGCAUCCGAACAAUCACACGUCGAAAUCGUACAAGAUUGGCCUUCAUGUCAUGGCAAGUUCGGUACAAGAGAGAAAGUACCUAGCGAAAUUGCCUAUCUGCAAGAAGGUGUUAGAUGGGGUUCUGAUAUCCCGCCACAUGAGAAGCGGCACAUGUGGACUAAACUUGAAUUAGACAACCGCGAAGAUAGUGAGGUUGCCAAGAUCAACAAUGAGCUAUCUCUCCUCGAGUCACGUAAACCGCCCAUGAAGAUCAUCGCCGACUUCCUGGAACAAGUCAAAACUCAUUUGAUCAAGAACCUUGACGACAGGUAUGGCAAAGAACUGUGGAGAACGCUUCCUAUCACUUUGGUGGUCACGGUCCCAGCGGUGUGGUCAGAUACCGCAAAACACCGGACUAAGCAGGCUGUUGAAAAAGCCAUGCCUAUUGUCCUUACCACGGAACCAGAAGCUGCCGCGCUGUACACAAUCAAGACGCUCCGCGGUACAGCACAGGACGCUCAGUUCGCAGUGGGCGACGGCUUCACUGUUUGUGACAUGGGAGGCGGGACUGUCGACCUUAUCACAUAUCGCAUUACGGCUAUUCAGCCUACUGUCAUCGAAGAAGCCUCGGUGGGUAAUGGUGCCCAGUGUGGUGGUAGUUUCGUUGAUCGUGCAUUUCUUCACUGGCUUGAGCGUCGUUUAGGUACACAAGACUUUGUUAAAAUCGCUGGCUCUCGAAGCGAAGAAAUCCCACGUACCUCGCUCAACGAAAAGACGGCCCAACUUGUUCAGGAUUUUACUAUGGGGAUCAAAUGCGGCUUCUCAGGAACCCAAGAGAAUUACUUACGACUGCCAUACCCACUGAGUACUAUCGAUGGUGAUGAGAAGAGAGGUAAUGUUUUUGGAAACCUAAAAAUCACAGCGGACGAUGUAAAAGCCAUGUUUGACUCAUGCCUCUGUCGAACGUAUGAGCUACUUCAGGAGCAAACUCAACGUGCACGCAUAGGAAAUUUGAAGAUUAAGUAUGUGUUCAUGGUUGGUGGUUUCUCAGAGUCACCAUAUAUGUUUUCAAAGAUCAAAGACUUCCUGGAGAAGCAAGAGAUACAAGCUAUUCGACCCCCUUACGCUUGGUCAGCGGUAGUCCGAGGUGCCGUCACCAAAGGACUUGAGAAAGGUGUCGGUGCAGUCUUGAAGCGAAAGAGCCGUCGACAUUAUGGUACAUCUUGUGCCCGUCUUUUCCAAAAACGUGCACACAAAAGGAUGGCAAAUAAUCAAAUGAAAUGGUUAAUCGAGAAAGGACAGACCCUUCUUGCGUCAGAGGCAACCCAUGCAGCUACAGGAUUCAUGUUGAGGUGGUGGUCAGUAUACCGUGUAGCAGUGCUCACAGUCGAUUCUAACGACAUACCCCUGGUAUACCUGAAACGGAACACGAGCCCAUGUGGUCGACAGUACUACUCUAUCAAUGUUACCGUGCACAUAUCUCUGCAGUCUUCUCUGAAUUUCUACGUCACAAUCAAGGGCAAGAAAUUCGGAUCCCUGACUGUCAGCUACGAUUGA